AUGGAUGAAAUCCAAGAACGAACUCGAGAUAGAACGAUACAAGCAGUAACAUACGAAAAAUUAGAUGGAUAUGGUUGUAGAUGGAUUGGAUAUGCGCCAUUCUGUAGCAAUGUGCAUGUUUGUCCAAGCGGUUAUGAUACGAUAAGAAGUCAUAACGGUCGUUGUAGCAAAAGGCUGUUUGCUGGAAAGUGCAUUCCCGAUCAUAGUUUCGGUUCUCCAUGCAUGAACUUUUUCGGUGCAGAUCUUGUAAAAACACUAUGCUGCAUAAGUAAGCCUGGACCUUGCACAUGGAACGGCCAUUGGAUGGCUGGGAAAAUGGGACAUAACAUUUACUGCAAACAUCAUAAGCGUGAUUUUGAAUGUGGCGAAGUGACUUGUUUAACAUAUAAUUCAAAGCAACAAGCAAACGAUACGCAUGAGGUGCACGACAUAAGCUGCGACAAAACAAAACUGUUCAAUCACACGGGUAUUUUAUUGUGCGGAACGAUUUCAUGGUUUAACGAUAACGAUGAAAUUGUCGAUAUUUGGUACAAAUUCUCGUAA